GGAUUUUGUGUGUCUGAAGGGAGACCACCGCGGCCUGGCGGGACCUCAGCCGAUCCGACCUCAAUUUCGGAGCCAUGGGGGACGAACAAGAAAUCAUGUGCAAACUGGAAAACAUCCUGGAAGUCAGGAACAAGACCAUUCAGAUGCAGAAGAUCAAGUCUCGGUUGAAGAUGGAGUUUGAGGCUCUGGAGUCUGAAGAGAAGCAUCUGAAAGAGUAUAAACAGGAGAUGGAUCUGCUUCUGCAGGAGAAGAUGGCUCACGUGGAGGAGCUACGACUUAUUCAUGCCGAUAUCAAUGUGAUGGAGAGCACCAUCAAACAGUCAGAGAAUGACUUGAACAAGUUGUUAGAAACCACCCGGCGUCUCCAUGACGAGUACAAACCUCUGAAGGAGCAUGUUGACGCCCUGAGGAUGACCUUAGGUCUACACAGACUCCCCAACCUGAACGAAGAAGAGGAGAAGCUCUCGCUUGAUUACUUUGAGAAGCAGAAAGCGGAGUGGCAGAAGGAGCCUCACGAGCCCGCCAUCCCCGAGUCCCUCGCGGCCGCCGCUGCAGCUGCACAGCAACUCCAGGUUUCCAGGAAGCAGGACGCUCGGCAGACGGCCACCUUCAGACAGCAACCUCCGCCCAUGAAGGCUUGCCUGUCCUGCCACCAGCAGAUCCAUCGCAACGCUCCUAUCUGCCCCCUGUGCAAGGCUAAGAGUCGCUCCCGCAACCCCAAGAAGCCCAAGAGGAAGCCGGACGAGUAGAGGGCUGGAGGAGAGUGGAUCGAGGUGCUCGGCAGCUGAAACACCAGACCCCUGCUUCUGAACAACAACAAGUAUUACUCCGUCCGUCUCCACCUGCGACAGAUGGAGGCUCCCACCCAGUCGUGUUUUUAUCAGUGCUUUGAUGUGUGAUGACCCUUGUAGUCGGUAAAAUGUCCCUGCAAUAAUGUCGCCCCCAAUUCCGUGUGUGGUUUUCUCGUCGGCUAUCGUACUGUAUUUCUAGUUGCAUGCUGCCAUGACUGUAUUGUUUUGCCAUUAAUUAUUGCUAAGCGAAACCUUUAAAUGUUUACAGUGUAACUGGAAGGAAAGGGCAUUUUCAUUGAACAUACUGUGUGUAACUUUAAUACUGAGUCAGUAAAAGCUCUUUUUUUUUUUUUUUGUA